UGACGAUCCAAACUCAACAAAAUAGAAAAUGUCUGGCCGCGGUAAGGGAGGUAAAGGACUCGGUAAAGGAGGCGCUAAGCGUCACCGUAAAGUGCUCCGUGAUAACAUCCAGGGCAUCACCAAGCCCGCUAUCCGCCGUCUGGCUCGCCGCGGUGGAGUCAAGCGUAUCUCCGGUCUGAUCUACGAGGAGACCCGCGGUGUGUUGAAGGUCUUCCUGGAGAACGUCAUCCGUGAUGCCGUCACCUACACCGAGCACGCCAAGAGGAAGACUGUGACCGCCAUGGAUGUGGUGUACGCUCUCAAGAGGCAGGGCCGCACCCUGUACGGCUUCGGAGGUUCGCCCAAGAAGGGCUCCAAGAAAGCCGUUUCUAAGGCCGUCACCAAGAGCGGCAAGAAGAGGAGGACCAAGAGGAAGGAGAGCUACGCCAUCUACGUGUACAAGGUGCUGAAGCAGGUCCACCCCGACACCGGCAUCUCCUCCAAGGCCAUGGGCAUCAUGAACUCGUUUGUCAGCGACAUCUUUGAGCGCAUCGCCGGCGAGGCCUCCCGUCUGGCUCACUACAACAAACGCUCCACCAUCACUUCCAGGGAGAUCCAGACCGCCGUCCGCCUACUGCUGCCCGGGGAGCUGGCCAAGCACGCCGUGUCUGAGGGCACCAAGGCCGUCACCAAGUACACCAGCUCCAAAGCCUUUGUGUUGUCUCCAGCAGUCAGAGAGGGUCCAUGUUUACUUCUUGGCGGCCUUCUCGGUCUUCUUGGGCAGCAGGACCGCCUGGAUGUUGGGCAGCACGCCGCCCUGAGCGAUGGUCACUCCGCCCAGCAGCUUGUUGAGCUCCUCGUCGUUGCGGACAGCCAGCUGCAGGUGACGGGGGAUGAUACGGGUCUUCUUGUUGUCGCGGGCAGCGUUUCCAGCCAGCUCCAGGAUCUCAGCGGUCAGGUACUCCAGCACGGCCGCCAGGUAGACCGGAGCUCCGGCACCGACACGCUGAGCGUAGUUUCCCUUUCUCAGCAGCCUGUGGACACGACCGACCGGGAACUGGAGCCCGGCACGAGAGGAGCGGGUCUUGGCCUUUGCUCUGGCUUUGCCACCGGUUUUGCCUCUUCCACUCAUGCGAGUCUCUCCGUUGAAUCACACAUUUUCUCCUGUUCAGAGAAAGAAAAAGAAGUCAUGGCUAGAACCAAGCAGACCGCUCGUAAAUCCACCGGAGGCAAAGCUCCCAGGAAGCAGCUGGCCACCAAGGCUGCCCGUAAGAGCGCCCCGGCCACCGGCGGCGUGAAGAAGCCUCACCGUUACAGGCCCGGUACCGUGGCUCUGAGAGAGAUCCGUCGCUACCAGAAAUCCACCGAGCUGCUGAUCCGCAAGCUGCCCUUCCAGCGCCUGGUCCGAGAAAUCGCUCAGGACUUCAAGACCGACCUGCGCUUCCAGAGCUCCGCUGUCAUGGCUCUGCAGGAGUCCAGCGAGGCUUACCUGGUCGGACUCUUCGAGGACACCAACCUGUGCGCCAUCCACGCAAUGUCUGGCCGCGGUAAGGGAGGUAAAGGACUCGGUAAAGGAGGCGCUAAGCGUCACCGUAAAGUGCUCCGUGAUAACAUCCAGGGCAUCACCAAGCCCGCUAUCCGCCGUCUGGCUCGCCGCGGUGGAGUCAAGCGUAUCUCCGGUCUGAUCUACGAGGAGACCCGCGGUGUGUUGAAGGUCUUCCUGGAGAACGUCAUCCGUGAUGCCGUCACCUACACCGAGCACGCCAAGAGGAAGACUGUGACCGCCAUGGAUGUGGUGUACGCUCUCAAGAGGCAGGGCCGCACCCUGUACGGCUUCGGAGGUUAAACUACACACUGCUGAUACAAACACAAAGGCUCUUUUAAGAGCCACA